CACUUCGACAUCAAGCCGCACAACAUCCUGUUAGACAGUGAUUUCACCCCAAAAAUUGCUGACUUUGGGCUGGCGAAACUGUACCCCAGGGACAACAGCUUUUUGCCAGUGAGUGCUGCCCGGGGAACAGUUGGUUACAUAGCUCCUGAGAUGGUGUCCCGUAGCUUUGGCGCCAUAUCCUCCAAGUCUGAUGUCUACAGCUUCGGGAUGUUGUUGCUAGAGAUGGCCGGAGGACGGAGGAACGUGGACCCACAAGCGUCAAGAAGCCAGACGUACUACCCGUCAUGGGUGUACAAUCAGCUGUCUCGGCAAGAGGCUGUUGGUAUCCAUCAGGUGGAGAGGAAGCUGUGCGUCGUUGCGCUUUGGUGCAUCCAGAUGAAGCCAGACGAUCGACCGGCCAUGAGCGAGGUGCUAGACAUGCUCGAAGCUGGCAUCGAUGGCCUGGAGAUGCCUCCUGAGCCCUUCUUCUGCGGGGACGAGUAUGCUCCUGCUGCAGAUUCUUCAGUAUUAUCAGAGUUAAGUACAUUAUCGGAGUGAAAUACCUGUACAUCGUAGUUUUGGACCAAAUUUUAUCCCCUAGGCAGCUCAGGUGCGCUCAGCGAGUCAAUAUUUGUGUGCAAUGUGAAGAAGAUACUCUUUUUCUUAAUACAAAGAGGAGACAUCGAAAAUGAUGAUGCAAAUUGUAAAUGUGAACCUAGAGAGAACUGCUUUCUGUAAAAUAAUCCCAUUGGUGCUGUUGUUACUGUUACUGUACAACAUUGAUCCCAUUCAGUUGAAUAUUUGAAUGGCAGUGCAUUGUGCGGUGCUGUAGUAUUUGUUUACCAAAGUGUAUUCUUUUAUGGGUGUAAUUGCACAAAAUUUGCAUGGAUUUGUGGGUUUCAUAUCCUGCGAACGGAUAUGAAACGUUUUGCUGCAGGAGCAAUCAUCAUUCCUGCAACACAUGUAAGUGCAAAACUUUCAUCAUUUCACAACAGAAGUUAACUGACACUCCAUGGAUUGUACACAGGUAGAAGGAGCUGUAUCAUCAAGAAGAAGAACCAAAGGAGAGGUGGAAAUUCUUCUUAUAACCCAAAUCUGCUGCAAUUUGGAGGUCACAAACCCAAAUCUCUUUUUGUUAUAUUAAGUUACACACCCACACAACCUGUAGCGUCGCCCAUAGACUUCUCUCUUCUCUCCUGCGACGCAAGGUUGAUUUUCCUCUCAAACAUUUACACAGAAGGAUUACAACAUGUAAUAAAACAUUUACGUAGUAUAUGAAAUAGAUUUUAUGUACCAUUCAAAAGAAUGUUACCGGCAUUUAAAAAAUA